UUGGUGGCCACUGAUAUGGACAUUACAUAUUUUGAUGACUGGGAGAAUCAAGGGCAGAAUAGUUUGGUGUUAUUGCCAAGCACCAGGAACCCAGGGAGCUGUGUGGCGUUACUGAUUAACACCCUUCUUGGCAUUAUUUUCCUGACGUCAACGUGGCUGAAAGUUAACUCACUAAUAAUCACUCAUAUCAAUACCAGUAAAGCAUCAUAAUUCUUUUUUCCCCCCUUUUAAGGGGCAGUGGAAACUGCAGCAGUUACUGUGAAGCCAGAGAUGAGCGCAGCAAGAUCUCAUUCCUCCCUGCAGAUGCUUGUUGGAAAGAGAAAGUUCCUCUCCUGGGCGAGCUAAAGAAGGAACAUUCCAGGGCAAAUCUCGGAAAACAGCGGAAGGAAUGCAAAACACAGAUCCCCCUGAAGAAGAAAUGCAAAAUACAGGUGAUGUAGGAUGCAUGGUUGGAAUUUCAGGCUCAGAGGGCCCAACCUCUCCUGUGGGACAACCCGACCUAGAUGCCUCAAAUCAACCGGCUCUGGAUGCGAACCCGCCAAACUCUUUCCCUCCUCCAGACAGCCCUGCAGAGAAAGUGGACCUUGGAUGCUCCUCUGCAGUCCCAGCCGCAGACACAGACUGUGUCAUCUGCUUUAACCAGUACAGUCUUAGCAGACUGCCAAAACUUCUGGCUUGCCAGCAUGUCUUCUGCGCCGUCUGCCUGAAGCUUAUCCUGAGGAACAACGGGAAGACAUGGGAAAUUGUUUGCCCCAUCUGCCGAAAAGCCACCUCCGUCUUUGGGGGCCUUAUCAGAAGCCUCCGCGAUAAGGAGGAAGCCGUUCUUGAGCCUUUGCCAAACCCUGGCUGGAAUGCAGAGGGUCUCUUUCCUCUGGAUGCUCGGAGAGGGAAGCCACUGGCUCGUGGCACUUUCCAUGUCAACCCAGAUGAUGGCGGCGGCAGCAGCAGCGAUAAUGUCAGGGUGGCUGCCAAGAGGCUGGUCUUCCUUCUCCUGCUCUUAGCCCUGCUCGUGGCCCUCAUUCUACCCAUCUUGGAUGGGGGGCUGCUGAAGUGGGCCAUCUGCAUCGCCAUGGGCUGGGGACUGGCCUUAGCUGGGGUACUUUGCUUCAACCCAAAGUGGAGGUGCAGCAGCCUCUGUGGUUCUCUCCCGUCCUGGAGAAAGAGAGUGAGUCACAUCACCUCUGUCGCCUGAAAGUUCCCUGCACUGCAGUUAUUAAACUAUGGAACCUUCUUCCACAAGAGGUAGGGAUGGUCACCGACAUGGAUGGCUUUAACCUGGGCCCACUUGACCCGUGUGAUUGCCUUACUCCAUAUAAGCCCAUUCGACCAUUUUGAUCUACAGAACUGGCAUUGUCACAGGUGCCACCUAAUGCUUGUUUUACCUUUGCAAGAAAUCAUUUAGCACGGCAAAACCUACAUUUUGGAACUCCCUGCCUAUUGACAUCAAGCAGGAGCCUUCACUGUACUCUUUUCAGCUCCUGCUAAAACAUUUUUGGUUAGACAAGUCUACCCAGAUACCUAGAAUGUUGAAAUGUGUUUUAAUCUGUUUUUAGCUCAUUGGUGAUGGUAUUUUUGAAUGUUCCGUUUUUAACUUUUGGACUGAUAAUCUUAUUAUUUUAUUCUUCUCGUACACCACUUUGUUUUUACAAUUAAGAGGUUGUUGUUGUUGUUUAGUCGUUUAGUCAUGUCCGACUCUUCGUGACCCCAUGGACCAUAGCAUGCCAGGCAUGUAGAUUUUAUGAGAAAUAACAGAGCACCAGCCAAAUUCAUGGAGGAUUAAGGCUACCAAUGGCUGUGUUCCCCCUCCAUUGCCAGAGGCUGCUGGGAAUUACACUCAUGCCAUCCUUGCAGGCUUCCCUUAAUGGGCAUCUGGUUGGCUACUAUGUGAAAAGGAUGCUGAGUGAAAUGGGUCUGAUCCAGCAGAGUCCCUUCUUAUGUUCUUAAAAACAGGCACAUGAUGUGUGAGAUGGUUUGGGUUGCAAACUCCUUUCAGCUGUGCUGCGCUGGCUGGGGCUGAUAGUCCAGAACAUCUGGAGGGCACCAGACUGGGGAAAGCUGGUACACAAGGCCUGCUGGGUGCCUCUCGAAUGGCAGUUAAACUGCCACAGUUGCUCACUGUUGCCAUGGUGCUGGCAGGUUCCAGCUUUUGUAUGCAGAGCAACAGCAUCCCAAGGUGGUCAGCUAUGAUUGGUCUUCUGGUGGUCAUUCCGUUCAAGCCCAUUGGGAUUUUAAGCCAAUAGGGGGCUUGGACGUGUAUCGGAAGCAAGUUGAUUGGUUGUGGGCUACCAGCUGCAGGGAAUAUAAGGCCAGGAUCAGUGCCAUUUGGAGGUCACUUGAACUGUGAAGGCUGUGAAGAAGUUCAGCGAGGGACUUAAGAAGACUCUGGAAGAGGCAAGCAGAGGAGCCUGAAGCCAGGAAGGUCUGAGAGAGAGGAGAGGGGGUCUCCUGUUAUAGGUUUGGGAAGAGUGGAGCCCAAUGAAUCAGCUGUUAGGCAAGUCAUCUGAAGAAGCUCCUGACCAAAAUGAAGACUCCUGGUGGUGACCUCAGGGAAGCCUGCCAGUCUUCAAGUGAAGCCCUCCAAGCAUAUUUGAAUUAACUCAGGUAGAGUUGGGAAUGGUACCUAGUUAUUGCAUAGCAGUACGUGCGCUCCUCUGGACUGAUGGACUCCAUUGAGCCCUGGCCAUGCUGGCUGGGGCUGUUGGGAUUUGGAUUCCAAAAUCAUUCGAAGGGCCAAAUAUUUUCCAUUCCUGGCUGAAAAGGAACAGCAGCAGACACCUAGCCAUCUUCUUAAAGCAACACCAGCAUUGCUGUAGCAUCUACUUAAGGCAGCAAUAACACAUUGCAUCUGAUGUUUGAACCAGAUUUACUUACCAGCAAGUAUAAUCUUAUGUAGUAUUAAUAAUAAUCUUUAAUAAAUCUUAAUAUCUUCGUUUAACUACAAAGUAUACAUAUCUGGUCUGUUUUCUCCUAUGCCUAAAUCCACAGGUACUGUAUUUGUAAAAGGUAAGUAAGAAAUAUUGAAAUAAGGUUAAAAGGGGGGGGGGUAAAGGACCCUUGGAUGGUUAAGUCCAGUCAAAGGUGGCUAUGGGGUUGUGGCGCUCAUCUCGCUUUCAGGCCGAGGGAGCCAGCGUUUAUCCACAGACAGCUUUCUGGGUCAUGUGGCCAGCAUGACUAAACCACUUCUGGCUCAACGGAACACCAUGACAGAAGCCAGAGCGCAUGGAAAUGCUAUUGAAGUGGAUAUUUUUGAUUGAAGUAUAUAUAAGGUGCAUCAUGGGCCACAAUUAGGGGUGGAGGAAUUCAAUUUGGUCUACAUUUAUAAGGAAAUCUAAUUUGCACUUUUUGAAACAUACUCAGUCCUCUGAAAUGUGUAUUCUCUACAUUUUGCAAAGCAGUUCUCCAGCCAAGAGAUGCACAUGCUAGGGUAAAAAAUGAGCUUUCAUUAAAGAUUAGAUAAAAUCUUACUUUCAAAGAGAUUUGAUUUAAAAAAAACCUCACGCACAAAAUGAUUUAAGUUUUUUUAUUCAUCAAUUUUUUGACCAUUUUUGAAAUCACUGUAAGCAGAUAUAAAAUUGAACCCGAGGUUUAGAGUCACAUAUAUACAACAUUAUAUAGGGUCAUCAAACACACCAGGAAGCUUUUUUUAGCUGCAGUAACAGUAUAGACGCCGCUAGAGGACGAUGUUUUGCUACCUCUCUUGUAGGUUCUUUUCCCAGCAUGCCCGGCAGGGUCUGCUGGCUGAGUUUUGAGGUCCCCAAAAGGGGCUUUUACCUUGCGCAGGUGUGACAUUUGUAUGCCCUAUGUUGCUAAGAACACUCCCCAUUGUGGAAUGUGGUGUUGUGUCCAAAUUUGAUACGAAUAUAUAUAGAAUUGUUAAUACAAUUUUAUGAAAUGGUAAAACGGCAUACAAAAAAAUGAAAAACGGUUUGUGUGUAACCUUUUUUAAAUAUUUCAAUGGAAUAUACCUCAUUUUAGUCAUUAAUAGGCAAAGGUUCAUCCAUUUGCGCUACAGGAAAUAAUUUUUGAGAAAAAAAUGAAAAAGUUAUCGCCCUAGUGCACAUUAAUAUAAUAGCAUACAACCUUUUAUAGAAGGGGAAAUUGUUUUGCAAAAGUAUGUAUGUUAGUCAAGAUUGCAUACAGGAGAAAUAGGCACAAAAAUGCUGCUGAGUUUUCAUGAGGACUAGUUUUUUAAAUUUGCAAACUGAGAAAUGAUGAGUGCUGAGUUUAAGAGUGGAAAAGU